GCCAGCAACGGCGGCAGUCUUCGAAGCACACCGACGACUCAGGCCGGAGAUCGCGAGCGCAAAAACACAAAAAGUGCUUUUGUUAUUUAUUGAAGUGCCCCGGACUGAUCCAAGCUUAGUUAGUGGCUGAUCGGCACAAGAUUCGGUUGUGCGUCCUGGUAGGAGACAACAACAACACCAUCAACAGGACGGAACGAACAGAGAAAUAUUAGAGGACUCGGGAGAGGAAGCCCUGAUUGCAGCAGACUCUGUCGAGAAUAGCAGAGUGGAGCAGCUGAGGUUUUUUUUUAGUGUUUAAGUGUAAUACAAAGUAAUAACUAGGAAAUUAGGCUGAAAAUUUGGAGGUGUCCGCAAAAUUUGGCACAGUAAAUUUAGGCCCGAAAUUGAAAGUGAAGCAACAAUCGAGAGUUUGCGCGCAUGUUGACUGGGAAUCUCUCCUGAAAACAAAAGCAAAAGCUGGUAUAUUGUUAUUGAUCAAAUCAAUUGUUGCCAUAGCUAAAGAAGUGUGUUCAAAAUUCUAACGAAAGUGAACUGAGCUAGAAGCUAGUGUGUGAGCGUGAUUGUUCCUGGUGAGAAUACUUGUGAUUGUGAUUUCGUGCAGCAGCAAUCUUGGAUAGCUGGGGAAGAUACCUUUGUCGAAGGUGUAGACAAUUACUGGAGGUUAAAGAUAAAGCCACUUGAAAAAUGCAAACCCUCGCGGAUAAGCUACGCUUCCUGUACAAGCCGUACGUCCUGGCGGUGCUGACCAUCGGCUACAUAGCUGGCGAGCUGGGCCACUACCUGAUCGGUGUGACGUCCAAAGCGACGGCCAUCGAGCUGGACUAUGGAGAUCACGCGUGUCAGCAGAACCACACCGAAGUCGAGCGGCAUCUGCUGUCCAAGCAGUGUGCCGACGUUAUCCUCGAACAUGAAUGCCACCAGCAACUUCACAACGGGACGCUGUACUGCGAAUGGAACUACAACGGGCUGGGCCUCGAGUACCAACUGCUGGCCGGUCCGAGCUUCAUUGCCGUGUUCACGGUGAUGGGCGUCGUGUUGGGCUUCGCCGCCGAUCGCUUCAACCGGGUUCGCAUGUUGACCGUCUGCACGCUGGUCUUCGGGCUGGCCAUCAUCUUCCAGGGUACCGUCCAGGAGUACUGGCAGCUGAUUCUGCUGCGUAUGGUGAUGGCAGCGGGCGAGGCUGGCUGCAAUCCGUUGGCCACCGGAAUCAUGAGCGAUAUCUUCCCGGAGAGCAAGCGCGCGCUGGUGAUGGCCAUUUUCAACUGGGGAAUCUAUGGCGGGUAUGGGAUUGCUUUUCCGGUGGGUCGUUACAUUACGAAGCUGGACAUUUGGGGUCAGGGAUGGCGCAUCUGCUACUACGGAACCGGAGUGCUGGCUCUGUUGAUGGCCGUUUUGACUGGGACUACGCUGAAGGAACCGGAACGGCAGAGUAUCGGCGAGGAAAAUGAAGCGAAGGUCAAGGUUCCGCUGGUGAAGGUGCUGAUGCAACCGCGUGUCAUCCUGCUCAUGAUUGCGGCCUCGAUCCGGCACUGCGGUGGAAUGACCUUCGCUUACAAUGCUGAUUUGUACUACAACAUCUACUUCCCCGACGUGGACCUUGGCUGGUGGCUGUUUGCCGUGACGAUCGGAAUCGGCAGCAUUGGUGUGGUGAUUGGAGGCAUCGUUUCGGAUAAGUUUGUGGCCAAGAUGGGAAUCCGGUCGCGUGUUGCUUGCCUGGCCAUCAGCCAACUGAUUGCCACUCCGUUCGCUUUUGGAUCCGUGUACUACGAGCCAUUGUGGGCAAUGAUCACGCUUGGAAUCAGCUACUUCUUUGCCGAAAUGUGGUUCGGAAUCGUGUUCGCCGUGCUGGUGGAAAUCGUCCCGCUGCAGGUCCGCUCGACCACCAUCGGCGUGUUCCUGUUCGUGAUGAACAACAUCGGUGGCAACCUGCCCAUCCUGGUCGACCCCCUGGCCAAGGCAAUCGGCUACCGUGGCUCCGUCAUGUUCUUCUACGCCGGAUUCUACGGCCUCAGCACGAUUCUGUUCUUCAUCACGAUGUUCUUCAUGGACGGACCGGUCAAGGCGACGGCCCCGGAAACGACCGAGCGCAACCAGGUCGAGAUGGGCCACGAGAACAACACCUUCCAGCCGGACGACUUUAUCAACGGAAUCAACGGCGGUGCGCCCAAAACCAACGGACACAACAUCCUGAACGUGAGGCCCUCGGAAAGUAGCAGACUGUAGACCAAAUCGCAGCACGGAGCGUAGGAUUAAGGCUAGGAUAUUGAAUGCGAUGAGGACGAAUCUCGCGCGGCAGAGAGCCUUAACACGGACGAAGCUCAUGUUCAAUUUUACAGUGGUACCUCGAAAGUUUUUUUUACACAACAAUUAAUGUUAGGAAUGAAUCUCGUGCAGGCAAGAGUGCAAGACGACGUGACUUUACGCGUAGUUGAUUUUAUUUAUAACCGGUGAUACAUUAGACGUGUUUUAAUUAGAGACGAACAAUUCAAGCAAUAAAUGCAGCCAUUUUAAAU